CUCCUCCUCCUCCCCCACCAUCUCCUCCUCCUCCUCCUACUUCUCAGUGCAGCUUGGAGAGCGAGCGAGCAAGAGUGGCGGCGGUGGAUGAGUCGACGGCACGAAAACCUUUCUCCUACCCUUCAAAAAGCACCUAAAAAGCAGCCGAGGAAGGCCGUACCGGAGCCCGCGUCAGUUGGGUGAUGACAUUUGCGCACCAUGGACUACGAUAGAGAGGCGGUUUAGCGUGAACGGCUGACGGUUGCUGGACGAUUUCGUAAACUGGGCUCGUUUUGGAACAUCUGUAUAGCAAAAUGUGGCCAUCCGCUCUCCUUCCUCCGGGCUCGACUUAGACGCUCGAUUUAGACGUUUGCACGCUCCCCAUUUCGUCUCAAAAUCCAGCUAAUCCCCCCCUCUCGCUCCCUGGGGAGCAGUGAAGUCAUCCGAGAGGGAAAAACGGGGUUUAAUCAUCUCCGUAGCGACAAGGAAAAUCCGCUUUCUCUCCCCUCCCUCCCUCACUCGGACUCGCCCUGCCCCCCCCCCCGCACAACCCGCGUUUACAUGCUGUGUUCCCUCUAAGUGCUCUCUCCUCGACACCCCCUGUCCCCCCUUCCCCUUCCCCACCUUCGAGCCACCCAACUGGCCAUUAUCUGCCGUCGAGGAUGCCGGAUCAGAUCUCAGUAACCGAGUUCCUCUCGGAGACGACCGAGGAUUACAAUUCGCCCACCACGUCCAGCUUCACCACCCGGCUGCAGAGCUGCAGGAACACCGUCAGCGUCCUGGAGGAGGCGCUUGACCAGGACCGAACCUCUCUGCAGAAGGUGAAGAAAUCCGUCAAAGCCAUCUACAAUUCAGGACAAGAUCAUGUCCAAAAUGAGGAAAACUAUGCUCAAGCUCUGGACAAAUUUGGCAGCAACUUCAUCAGCCGGGACAACCCUGAUUUGGGCACUGCCUUUGUCAAAUUCUCCUCACUUACCAAGGAGCUAUCAGCCCUCCUGAAGAACCUGCUGCAGAGCCUGAGCCACAAUGUAAUCUUCACCCUGGACUCGCUACUCAAAGGAGACUUGAAAGGUGUCAAAGGGGACAUCAAGAAGCCCUUUGACAAGGCCUGGAAGGACUACGAGGCCAAGUUCACCAAAAUCGAGAAGGAAAAGCGGGAGCACGCCAAGCAGCACGGGAUGAUCCGCACUGAGAUCACCGGAGCCGAGAUUGCUGAGGAGAUGGAAAAGGAGCGUCGGCUCUUCCAGCUGCAGAUGUGCGAGUACCUGAUCAAAGUGAAUGAGAUCAAGACCAAGAAAGGCGUGGACCUCCUGCAGAACCUCAUUAAGUAUUACCACGCGCAGUGCAAUUUCUUCCAAGACGGCUUGAAGACGGCCGACAAGUUGAAGCAGUACAUUGAGAAAUUGGCGGCUGACCUCUACAACAUCAAACAAACCCAGGAUGAGGAGAAGAAGCAGCUGACUGCCCUGCGCGACCUCAUCAAGUCCUCCCUCCAGCUGGACCAGAAGGAGUCUAGAAGAGACUCGCAGAGUAAGCAAGGUGGCUACAGCAUGCACCAGCUGCAGGGCAACAAGGAAUUUGGCAGCGAGAAAAAAGGCUACCUGCUGAAGAAGAGCGACGGGCUGAGAAAGGUGUGGCAGCGCAGGCAGUGCUCGGUGAAGGGGGGCAUCCUCACCAUCUCUCAUGCCACAUCCAACAGGCAGCCGGUGAAGCUCAACCUCCUCACCUGCCAGGUCAAACCCAGCGCCGAGGACAGGAAGUGUUUUGAUCUCAUUUCCCAUAACCGCACGUAUCAUUUCCAAGCUGAGGAUGAGCAAGAGUUUGUCAUCUGGAUCUCGGUGCUGACCAACAGCAAGGAGGAGGCCCUGAACAUGGCCUUCCGCGGCGAGCAAAGCAGUGGCGGCGAGGACGGCCUAGAGGACCUCACCAAAGCCAUCAUCGAGGAUGUGCUGCGCAUGCCGGGCAACGAGCUGUGCUGCGACUGUGGCGCGGCAGAUCCCAAAUGGCUGUCCACCAACCUGGGCAUCCUGACAUGCAUCGAGUGCUCCGGCAUCCACCGAGAAAUGGGCGUGCACAUCUCCCGCAUCCAGUCCAUGGAGCUCGACAAACUGGGCACCUCAGAACUCUUGCUGGCCAAGAACAUCGGGAACAGUAGUUUCAAUGAGAUCAUGGAGGGCAACCUGCCGUCCCCCUCGCCCAAGCCCGGCCCCUCCAGCGACAUGACGGUGAGGAAGGAGUUCAUCAACGCCAAGUAUGUGGACCACAAGUACGCCCGCAAGACGUGCUCGUCGGCGGCAGCCAAGAUGAUGGACCUGUACGAGGCGGUGCGCGCCCGUGACCUGCUGGCCCUGGUCCAGGUCUACGCCGAGGGCGUGGAGCUCAUGGAGCCGCUGCCUGAGGCCGGCCCGGAAGUGGGAGAGACGGCGCUGCACUACUCAGUCCGGACAGCUGACCACACCUCGCUGCACCUAGUGGACUUCCUGGUGCAAAACAGCGGUAAUCUGGACAAGCAGACGGAAUGGGGCAACACGGCCCUCCAUUACUGCUGCAUGUACGAGAAGCCCGAGUGCCUCAAGCUGCUCCUCAGGGGCAAACCGGCCACCGAUAUCACCAAUCAGAACGGGGAGACGGCGCUGGAUGUUGCCAGGCGACUGAGGAACGCACCGUGCGAGGAGGCGCUGGUGCAAGCGGCUGAGGGGAAAUUCAACCCUCACAUCCACGUGGAGUACGAGUGGAGCCUUCGACUGGAGGAGAUGGACGAGAGCGACGAUGAUCUGGAUGACAAGCCCAGUCCCAUCAAGAAGGACCGGUCGCCGCGGCCACAGAGCUUCUGCCACUCAUCCAGCCUGUCGCCGCACGACAAGCUCUCGCUGCCAGGCUUCAUCAGCCAGCGCGACAAGCAGCAGCGGCUGUCCUACAGCGCCUUCACCAACCAGAUGUACAGCGCCUCCACCGACCUCACGUCCUCGCCCGUGGCCGACGGCCCGCCGCUGCCGCCCAGGAACCAGGGCAAAGCUCCACACUUGGCAUUCCUCGGCUCUCAUUCGCACUACGCCACACUGGCUGGCACUCGACCAUACAUCCCUGCUCCGGCCGCCGCCGCCGCCUCGCCUGCACUCACGGCGGGAGGCAGCGCCACCCUGUCCAAGAAGAGGCCGCCGCCCCCGCCGCCCAGCCACAAACGCACCCUGUCCGACCCGCCCGGCCCGCUCUGUCACAUCAGAGGGGGCCUGUCCGGGGAGGAGACACAAGCACACGGUAUCCAGUCGGACCUCACAUUAACACCGUGCCCGAACAAAUACGCUUUGUUCCCCGCUCGCGACAUAGAACACCUCAAAUUGGCUUUUUCUCUUGAAAUGAAUGGAAACGACAAAAAAAAAAAAAAGAGCUCCCCAUAGGACUGCGCUUUGUAAAAACAGACAGUAAUAACAACAAUUGUCCAUCUGUACAGUAUUUUCAGAAUUUGUCAUUCUAUCGAUGAAUUGAUUG